AUGCAUAAGCUUCCAGAGCGCUUUGCGCGGAAAGUGCUGAGAUAUGCGCGGGAUGGCAAGCGCUCAUUUGCCAAGACGUGGAACCUAGUUGUUAAGCAUAUGACAAGGGAACACAAAAUAAGUAUGCGUGACAGCGGCGAGCUGUGCUUCGAUUACAUUACAUCUGAAGAGCCGGACCCUCCGGUCCUCUUCAACAAAGAGAAUUGUUUAGAGAGAGCAAGCAAGCAUUACUGUGGGAUAUCUGACACUCGCGAGUGGCCCGGGAACAAAGAGCUGCAGUGGCGAUUCCUGGCACUUGCAAGAGGUGUCGGUCUGCAGGUUCCGAGACCAUACCGGUCUCCUUAUUUACCGGGCUUGACGGCUUUGAUCCCGCACUUCGAGGAGCCGAUCCUGAUGACUCAGGAAGAAUUGCACAGUGAGGCUGCAGGAGAGGCGCGCCAACUGGGCCAUCUUAUCGAUUACCUCCGAAUCAAGUAUGUGGAUGAGUUCAAGAACUUGGCGCAGAAUUGGUCCAUCCCAGGUGGUGUACAGAAUUGGUCGCGCUACAGCCCAGAGCAAUGGAAGGAGACCUGUGUGUGGGCAUCUAUGCGACUUCAAACACUUUGGCGAACUGUCGCUGGCAUUUGCAAGUAUCAUGACGCGCUGCUUCUGCACCAUGAGCUCCAGGGUGUCUCAACCAGCGGGCUCAAAUUCAGCAGGGAGGACACGAGAGAUGUGUUCCGCUGCUUAGUGUCGAUGCAGCUGUAUGCAUACUUCACAGCUGCUCAGCGCGAACAAGUGAACGACAUGCUCGAGCGAUUUCCCUCAAAUCUGAACAUCGCCUACAUUGACCACAGCCAUGUGACGGAUACGGGAGAUCGAGAUGGAAUUCACCCGCGCCAGCGACGUAGAUACUUCAGCUGCCUCAUGGACAGGAGUUGCAAGAAAGUCAAGAAUAUGGACUCCGCCUUCCGGCAGCCGUUGUACCGCAUUGAGCUUCCAGGAUAUCCCAUCCUCAGCGAUGGAAAGGCAGAUAAUCAGAACCAUGCCCUGCCGUUCAGCCGGGGCACCAUCACGCAGUGCGUCGACUCAAACCAAGGUGCUUAUUUCGAGCAGAUGAUGAUGAUGCCCUGUGCGUUGGCAGAGUUCCGCUGGAAUGCUAGGCAGAUCGUGGGCUUUCCUGAGCACAUCACCAGUGACAUGGGCUCCGUCGGUGACUUUGCUGCUGGCUCGGAGAUGGCCUUCUGCACCAUCCUGCAGCGUAGCUACGCGCUGCUUGGGGCGCGGAUGCAUUACGGCCACCCUGACCUGAUGAACAAGCAGUUCAUGAUGCAGCAGGGAGGGGUCUCCAAGGGCACAAGGACACUGAACCUGUCCGAAGACAUCUUCGCAGGUUUGGAUUUCGUCCUCCGUGGGGAUGGACGGGAGAUCUGCCACAAGGAGUAUUUCCAUUUGGCCAAGGGCAGAGAUUUGGGCUUCAACUCUGUUUUGAAGUUCUUCUCCAAGCUGUCCUCUGGUUCUGGUGAGCAGCUCCUCACUCGUCAAAUGUUUCGCCUGGGCCAACUUUUGCUCUUCGACCGCAGUUGA